UUUCAGUUUGCGCACCAGGGCAGGCCUGCCGUGUGGAGGGUGGGCGUUCCCGCAGCCGUUGACGAUGGAAGAACUAGAGCAAGGCCUGUUGAUGCAGCCAUGGGCAUGGUUACAACUUGCUGAGAACUCACUCUUGGCCAAGGCGUCUAUCACCAAGCAUGGUUAUGCCUUGCUGAUUUCGGAUCUUCAACAGGUGUGGCAUGAACAGGUGGACACUUUCGUGGUCAGCCAGCGAGCCAAGGAACUGAACAAGCGUCUCACCGCUCCCCCUGCAGCUUUUCUUCGUCACCUGGAUGAAGUGCUUCGCCCACUGUUUACAGAUUCUGCUCACCAGGAUGCUGCUCACCCUAGAGAAGCUACUUUCUCCUAUGACCGAGGAGAGGAGGUACUGAUUCUGCGGGUGCAGAGUGAACUCUCUGGUCUCCCCUUCAAUUGGCAUUUCCACUGUAUUCCAGCUAGUUCUUUAUUGGUCUCUCAGCAUUUGAUCUGUCCUCUGAUGGGUGUGAGCCUGGCAUUGCAGAGUCAUGUGAGGGAGCUAGCAGCAUUGCUUCGGAUGAAGGACCUUGAGAUCCAGGCCUACCAGGAGAGUGGGGCUGUGCUGAGCCGAAGUCGAUUGAAGACAGAGCCAUUUGAAGAAAAUUCUUUCUUGGAACAGUUUAUGGUAGAGAAAUUGCCAGAGGCAUGUGCUGUUGGUGAUGGAAAGCCGUUUGCCAUGAAUCUGCAGAGUCUGUAUGUGGCAGUUACAAAACAGCAGAUCCAAGCAAGGCAGGAGCAGAAAGGCUCUGGAGAAACUCAGACAUCAAGCAGCACCUCCCCUCAAGGAACUGAUAACCAGCUUCUGAACCAGCCAGAACAGCCCAUCUCUCCCACUCCAACCUUCUCAGAGCCUGAAUAUGAGCCUGAGGCUGCUUCAGGUCCUAUUCAUAGGGCUCAGCUGGUAAAGUCCAAGAGGAAGAAGCCCAGGGGACUCUUCAGUUAGUUUGCCAUGUCUCAGCCACCAAGAAGAGAGCAAAACUGCUUCCUACCAUCACCCAGAAAGAAGCUUUCAUGGCAGAGCAUCCCUCAGAGGCCUGAGUUUGUGUUGAAUGGGGACUUCACCAAUGGAAGCCUGACUCCAACUCACUGGCAUUCCGGAUAUGAGUGAAGCCAGCUCAUAUGGUAGUGUUCUUUCUCUAGAACUAGCACCCUAUGGCAAACUUAGAUACAUGAAGCAAGAUUACAAAGAAGCGCAUACCCAGGACACCUGGCUGCCUUUCUCUGGGGUCUCUCUCCAGUCUGACAUGCCCCUUAGAAAAUCGCUCCUCCCUCAACACAGAAUAAA